UCCCACGUCACUCGCCGGCCAAACUCUAAUCUAUUUGCCGCCACUUUCAAAUGUUUGUUUUUCUUCUCCUCCAUUUCCAUUUCAUUUCAAAAAAGAAAAUCUGAAAUCUUACCCUUUCUCUCUUCAGAAAUCAUGAAAACCGACAAUGAACCACCCACAACAGAGCAAUCUCUGAAGUCGAGAAAAUCCAAGUCCCGUGAGGUUAGCUCUCGCUUCCUUUCUCCUACCACAUCACCGGCUCAUGAUUCCGGACUUCAGUCUCCAAACAAAGCUUUAUCCCCUCUCCGACGCAAAUCCACCUCUACUGACACGAGAAAGCAUCGCAGCCUUGAAGAUCCCGGCGGCUUACUUCGAGGCCUAUGGCCUUCAUCCACCACUACUUCCUCUUCAUCAUCAACCCCAAAACUUGGUACUCUUGCCGAUCAUCUUGGAAAUGAGAGGCUAAAAGAUUUUAUCGAGCGAAAAAGCCAUGAAAAAAGAACAAGUAAGGGUUCCUUUUCACUUAAUAAGCAAACAACUCAUACAGAAGUCAGUAGGUUUGUUGAGAAUAUUGAGAAAGAAAGUGCCAAAGAAAAUCAUGGGCCUUCUCUUGGGGGAUCCAUGAGGUACACAGCUAAACUGGGGUUCCCCAAAAAGUCAUUAUCGCCGUCAACAUCAUCAUCUUCUUCUCCGAAUAUUUUACCUGGAAGAUUUUCUGUUGACGAGAAUGCUCUUUUUAAAAGAGCAUCUUCUCAGAGGAAAUCGGAUUCUGAAUCUGAAUUAAGUGACCAAUAUUCAGCCUCAAAUACUAAUUCUCCAGCUAUAACUAAAACUAAUUCUUCUCUUAGUUUUAGAAAAUCUGGUAUAGAAGUUUCUUCCAAGUUUUUGCAAGAGGUACUAUCUAAGAAUAGAUCGAGAGAUACUACUUGGGAUUCAAAUAUUCCUAAUCCGGUGUCAGCUGAUAGUUCCCCAAAGAUGAAUAAAAAGUUUACCAUUAAAAACGCUAUAAGAAGGGCUAAUUCACUCACUGGACAUGGUACUUCUACGUCACAAUGGGCGUUGUCCCCAGGGCGGUCAGGAUCACCACCAAUGUCAGUUGAAAACAUGGUCAAGCCAAUGUCAUUUUCGAGUUUGAAAUCGCCAAAUAGUCCUUCCAGGACCAGAGGUGUGGAGAAAUUGUUGAAUAUGGGAUUAAUGGAUUUGUUCAAGAGUAGGAAGUCAUCUACUAUGCAAGUGGGUUCGGGUGAUGUGGAAAGUGUCCAUCAGCUUAGAUUGAUCCAGAACCGUUUGAUGCAGUGGCGGUAUGCAAAUGGUAAAGCUGAUGCUGUGAAUAAGAACAUAACUACUCAAGUUGAGAACUAUCUGUUAUAUGGAUGGAAUAGUCUUAUGAAGCUCCAAUAUUCAGUGCUGCAAAAGAAAUUAAAGCUUCAGAAGGAAAAGCUUGAGAUCAAGAUGGACUUUAUACUUCAAUCUCAAAUGAAGGCAUUGGAAUCUUGGGCCGAUAUGGAAAGACAGCACCUAUCAGCUAUUUCCAUGACUAAAGAAUGUUUGCAUUCUGUUGUUUGCAAAGUGCCUCUUAUAGAAGGAGCUAAGUUAGAUGCAAAAUCAGCUUCAUUGGCAGUUCGACAUGCAUUUGAUCUCACUGCUUCCAUCAAGUUAAUGCUAACUGCUUUCUCACCAGGGACUGAGAAGACUGCGUUGUUACUUUCGGAAUUAGCAGAGGUGGUUGCACAAGAAAAGCUACUGCUAGAGGAGUGCCUUGAACUGUUCAGGAUGAUAUCUAUCCUAGAGAUUCAGGACAGGAGCUUAAUGUGCUAUGUUAUUCAACUAAAUUCACAGCAAAGACAGAUGCAGCAGCAGCAGCAACAACAAGAACAAGAAGAAAUAUUUCCGUGACUCCUUCAUUCAUGCAUCUGCCAAUAGGGAAAAAAAAAGAACACUACACAUGGACUGAAAAGAAGUCUCUGGUGAUGGUUGUGCACUAUGGCAACGAUAUCACCAGAUGAAA